GGAAUUGCAGCAUAGGACUAAAAGAGAUUAAGGGUGUAUUGAGAUUUUCUAAAAAAAACAAAUAGCAUCUCCAACUUCUCAAUUCUUUGCAUUUUGUGCAAAUCCCAGCUUAUUCAGAGAGACUCCGACUCAGAGAAGAGCAUGGCGAGGCUGAGAGAGUUGAGAAAGGGUUUCAAAGCUAUUCAAGAUUCCGAACUUGUCAACCUCUUCAAAUCCGAAAUCAACUUUGAACUUUCUUCUAAUCACUUUCAGAAUGCUCAAAUUGGCUCUUUAGGUGAAUUUGCAGUGGACUCUGAUUUACCACAUUCCAAAGAUGUGAUUUUGAGAAGAAAAUGUGAUUCGGGUGAGGAAGUUGCUCUUUCAGCUAUAUUGGGUCCUCCUAACUAUGAAAAUGAUCUUAUUUUUGUAAGAGAUGUUUUCAUCAAAGUAUGUAUAAAAAAGCCAGCUUUGUCCUCUAUCUUGCAAUUUGACUGUAGAGCUUAUCAAGAGACUGAUAAAACCUCUCAAUUUGAAAUCAACAAUGCUUAUUAUCUUAGAUCACCUGCGUCUCUUAACUCGUCCAUUUACAGAGGACCCUUAUUCAGUGAAUUGGAUUUUGUGAGAUAUUGGAUCGAACUCUAGUAUUGUCGAAGGGUAGCUUCUUGGUUCGACAGUUCGACAGAGUUAAGCAUGAAUUCGAAGGAUUGUUCACAUGCUGGUGUCGAAGUGUGCAUGCUGUAGUCGAAGAUGGGUCUAGCAUGCAGAUGUCGAAGAUGCUAGAGUU